GUCAAACUUGAUUCAUCUUCUUCGGGGUGAUCGAAAUCGAGAAAGCGAACCACUACAAUGGCCGCUCCUCCACUAUUCCUCCUCCUUACACUCCUCUCCGUCCCUUUUCUUCCCAUUUCUGCCGCCACCUCCGAUGCCUACCCUUCCAUUCCCGGAACCGCUCCUAUCGACGGAGGUUUCUCCGAUGAACUCAAGCCCAUCCGCCGUGAGGUCUACGGCGAAGGCAAAAUCUUCGACAUCACUCACCGUAUGACGCCGGAUAUGCCGUCGUGGGACUCAUCGGAAGGACUCGGACGGUUUCUCUGGUUAGCCGCGAGUAUUAAGAACGGAUCUCUCGCAAACAACUCGGAGAUGAAGAUCCCUACGCACACUGGUACUCACGUUGAUUCCCCUGGCCACUUCUACGACGAAUAUUACGACGCCGGUUUCGAUAUAGACUCGCUUGAUCUCCAAGUCCUCAAUGGUCCUGCGUUGUUGGUUGAUGUUCCCAGGGAUAAGAACAUAACUGCCGAAGUGAUGAAAUCUCUACACAUUCCAAAAGGAGUUCGUCGUGUGCUUUUCAGAACGUUGAACACUGACAGGCGUCUUAUGUUCAAGAAAGAGUUUGAUACAAGCUAUGUCGGAUUCAUGAAGGAUGGUGCGCAAUGGUUGGUAGACAACACAGACAUCAAACUUGUUGGGACUGAUUAUCUAUCAGUAGCUGCAUAUGAUGAUUUGGGUCCGUCCCACUUAGUAUUCCUAAAAGGCCAGGAGACUAUACUCGUAGAGGGAUUGAAGCUGGAUGAUGUGAAGGCAGGACUCUACACUGUCCAUUGCUUACCUCUAAGAUUGGUUUGCUUAGCGUUAUUUGUGCCAGAUGUAUGCAAACAAAAUUUGGAGAUUGGAGUAGGAAGUAAUAAGAGAGGUGCAGAGAAGACGAAGUUGAGGAGAGUGAAGCACUUCGAAGAAGAAGAAGAAGAUUUCGAUAUGGAAGGAGUAUUGCAUAUCGUGAAGCCCUUCAUGGCUUUUGUGCCCGAGGUUCGGCGUUGUGAGAAGAGGGUUCCAUUGAGGGAGAAAGUGAUCUACACCGUGAUCACUCUCUUCGUUUUUCUCGUUUGUAGCCAGCUUCCUCUCUACGGUAUCCACUCUACGACCGGUGCGGAUCCGUUCUACUGGAUACGAGCCAUUCUCGCAUCAAGCCGUGGCACCGUCAUGGAGCUCGGCAUCGGUCCCAUCGUCACAUCAGGACUCGUGAUGCAACUCUUGACAGGCUCAAAGAUUAUCCAAGCCGACAAGGAGGAUCGUGCUCUCUUGAACGGUGCUCAAAAGCUUCUCGGGAUUCUGAUCGCCAUAGGUCAAGCCGUGAUUUACGUUCUCUCUGGGAUGUACGGUCCUGUAGCGCAGCUCGGUUCCGGAAACGCACUUCUCAUCGUCCUCCAGCUUGUCUUCGGCGGAAUCAUCGUUCUCUGUCUUGAUGAGCUUCUCCAAAAGGGAUACGGUCUUGGCUCAGGGAUCUCUCUUUUCAUAGCGACCAAUCUCUGCGAAAGCGUUAUCUGGAAUGCGUUUAGCCCCGUGACGAUCCACGGACGUUUUGGAACCGAGUUUGAAGGCGCCGUGAUCUCGCUCUUCCAUAAACUGAUAACUACGUCUAGCAUCCGACAAGCUUUCUUCAGACAAAACCUUCCAAACGUUACAAACUUGCUCGCAACGGUCGUGAUCAUCCUCGUCGUCGUCUACCUCCAAGGCUUCCAAGUUGUCUUGCCCCUCAAGUCAAAGAAUUCCCGUGGCGGUGGCUCUAAUAACUACCCGAUCAAGCUCUUCUACACCUCCAACAUGCCAAUCAUUCUCCAAUCCGCUCUCGUCUCAAAUCUCUACUUCAUCUCCCAGCUUCUCUACACCAACUUCGGUGGCAACUUCUUGGUUAAGAUGUUGGGACAGUGGAGAGAAUCCGUACCAGUCGGUGGUCUCGCUUACUUGGUCACACCUCCAUCAAGUUUAGCGGAUAUGGCAGCUCAUCCUUGCCACGCACUCUUCUACAUCGUCUUCAUGCUCUCUGCUUGUGCGUUUUUGUCAAAGACGUGGGUUCAAAUCUCGGGGUCUUCUGCUAGAGACGUAGCAAAACAGCUCAAGGAACAGCAAUUGGAGAUGCCGGGACACAGAGAGUGUAACUUGCACAAGGAGCUUAACCGCUACAUCGAAACAUCAGCUGCUUUUGGAGGAAUGUGCAUUGGUGCACUCACUGUUGUUGCUGACCUCAUGGGAGCUAUUGGCUCAGGGACAGGGAUCUUGCUUGCCGUCUCAACCUUGUAUCAGUGUUUCGAGACUUUCGACAAGGAAAAAUCCAGCGAGCUCGGUUACUUUGGGAAGAUUAAAAUUGUUGAAGAAGAAGAAGUAAAACAGAAUGGGGAAGAAACAGCACAGCAAAGAAUCGUACUCUUCCUUAUUAUUGCUGCGCGCUUACGUUUCUGCCAUUCGAAGAUCCUGUCUGUACAAACGAACGACGGGUGUGUUUUCGAGUUAACAACUAUAGUGCCUUACAUUAGGAGAUUUGGUAAACAUCCAGUUACAAGAGCACCACUGAAAGGAGAAGAUCUAAUUCCUCUCGUCUUUCACAAGAAUGCUGAAGGAGAAAUCUCCUUUUGCAGCUUCGAUUUUGUUGACAGUAAAGUUAGUGUGGAGUUUGGCCAUGUUAAAAACGGCCUGAAGAUUGAUGAUGAAGAGUUGAAGAAGAUGAACGCAGACCCACCUUAUAAUAUAAACGCCUCUGGAGAUAUCAAGCAUAUGCUUGCAGAUCUCAGAACUGAUAAAGCUAAAGAGGGUUCUAAAACCGACGAGUCUAUACCUAAACAGACUUAUAGUGUUGUGGGUGCUGCAUCUGCUUCGGUUCAUGGAAGAAGUGCUGCUGCAGCUAAAGCUGGUUCUAGUGAUAAAACAGCUGCAAGAAUAGCUAUGCAUAUGGCUGGAGAUAGAGCUCCUGUUAAUUCACAAAUGGUGAAGAGCAGUUAUUCUUCGGCUGCUGCUUCUCGUUCUUUCACUUCCACUGCGUUUACUCCUGUAACGGAAAACGGAAGCUGCUUCACUCGGGAAGAGGCGUAG